AUGCCAGAUCUCACAUUGUCAUCACCCGCCACGAGCUACCAGUUGUGCGAGCAAUGCCAAAGCCUUGAAUUGAGUGUUGACAAGUUCAAGAUUGGCGGCGGUAGCAGCUGCAACCCCUCGUCGUCGCAGUCUCUGCGACCAAGCAAUGGAAGUCCAUUUGUUGCUACCCUAGAAUUAAUCGACCACGACCGUCUCAAAGCUUAUGAAGCAUAUCUCGUGCUUGCUGCCCCUGCUUCCUACGAUGAAUCCAACUUAGAUUACCCCCUUCUUUUGAAUGAGGAAACACAAUUCCUUGGUCGACGUAUUGGACCGGUGGUCAAUAAAAGAAACCUGAUUAGAGAGUUCCUUAGGCUAUGCGAGACCAAUCAUGAUAAGCGCUGCACCGGAAAACUUGGUAUUGAGGAUCCCUUUGCUGAGACACUCAAGCAAUCAUUUUUUGGAGUUAUCGACAUCCAGAACCAGAACUUGGUUCCACUACCAUACACGAACAACAAAGAUUACCUUUCGUUCCAACCUUACGCUACAGUUAGCUAUGUAUGGGGCAAAAUCCGAGAUCAUAGAACAACUUUGAGCAAUAUACAAGACCGACUCAAAUCUGGUGGUUUAGCACAAACCAUAGACGAACUGCCCAUUGCGCUGAAGCAGAGCAUCAAUCUGAUCAAUGAUUUGGGGAUACGGUACAUCUGGAUUGAUUCCCUCUGCAUCAUUCAGGACAGUAGCCAUUCCUGGAACUUGAACUCUCGCACAAUGCAUCUAAUUUAUGGCAACUCUACACUUACCAUUUGCGCCGCUGAUGGUGCUAGUGCUGAAGUGGGCUUGAUGGCCAUUGACAAGAACCAUUCCGUAGAGCAGAACAUUGCACAGGUUGCCUCUGACGUUUUUCUCGUGCUGCAUCAGUCGCCAGAAUCCAACAUAGAAGAUUCUGUGUGGAAUCAACGUGCUUGGACAUUUCAAGAGCGUCUUCUCUCUAGGAGAUGCCUCAUAUUCACCAAGGGCCAAGUCUAUUUCCAGUGCAGAAGUACUGGAAUGUCAGAGGACAUCUUUGUCGACAAAACCGGCCAGGGAUGGUCUUUGGAUCUCACCGGAGCACCCUUGCAGACACUGACGCAGCUAAGACAGAGAGCUCUGUGGUUUUAUAUCAACUGUGUCGGCUUGUAUACCAAAAGGGACCUUCAUGAGCCAUUUGAUAUCCUUGCAGCGUUCAAUGGAAUGUGCAAGCUCAUAGAGGGGACACUGAGGUCGCCUUUCACCUUUGGAUUGCCAACUUCACAUUUCGACUUUGCUCUACUAUGGCAACCCGUCGGCAAAUCGUCUCUACUUGAGAAACCUCGUUCGAGUGACGAAAAGUAUAAGAGUAUGAAGUUCCCAAGCUGGUCAUGGUGCGGCUGGAAGAGCAAAGGCGUAACAUAUAACCGCCAAAUGGUUGAGGGAUGCGUGUCAGAUGUGCGUACCUGGCUCAGAGACCACACUUGGAUUGAUUGGCACAUUAGAGACGGUUAUGGAACACCACAACGAAUUUGGGAUCACACUUGGGCAAAGGAGGACCGGAGCACCGAGGAAAGGUGGAGAGGAUACCGUGGCAGAGACAUUAACAACAACAACAAUGACAAUAACGUCUACGAAAGAUACAGACGCGGUAGUCCAUACCGGAGCCGCAGCCGGAGCCGGAGCAGCAACGGAAGAAGCAGAGUUAGGAUCCUCAGACGCAGAAGUAUGAGUAGAAGCAGGAGCCGGAGCAGAAGCGGGAGCAGGAACCGGAGCCGGAGCAGAAGUAGCAGGAAUGACCGUGGUAGGGACAAUAAGCAUAUUGUGGUGAUCCGUCCACGAUCACGAAGCCCGGAUAUUGACGCUUUCGGCCGUCCACUAAAUUCAUCGGCUAAAGACCACAUCAAGAAUUCAGCAAAACAUUCCUUCAAGCUUACGUUACCGGAAUACCCUUUCCACGUCCCGACGGCUGAAUCAAAAUGUCGGACCGGAGACCACAGGGAAUUUCCAGAUCUGCCCAUUUUGCAAUUCUUUACUUGGUCAAACAAGUUGCGCAUUGCUCUCAAAGAGGCAGAAGUCACUCCUGAGAUGAAAGCAGAACAACUUAUCAAUGGCAUUACGCCUUCAACGGGCCCACAAGGCGAUUCCAUCAAGGGACCUCUUCGUCACUGCUAUAUCAUGGACCGGCGAGGUGACCGGUGUGGCUCCAUUGUCGUUGACUCGAAAUGGCUUGCCAAAGAACCUCUGCCACGCCAAUGCCGAUUCAUUGCCAUUUCAGAGGCCAAGUCAUUUACGACAGAGGAAAUGCCUGAGUGGACGUAUUACAUUCCCAAAGAGAGGGUUGAGUCGGAAUGGGAUGUCUAUUUUGUUUUGCUCAUCGAAUAUCAUGCCCAAGAAGGUGUUUGGAAAAGAGUUGCUCUGGGAAAGGUAUUCAAAACGGCAUUUACUCAUGACGAAGACACAUGGAAGGAAAUUUUAUUAGGCUAGAUAAUGGCUGUAUUCAAUCUGGAGGUUAGAUACAUGUAUGUAUAUAGUAGACACAGGUACUGAGUAUAUCCAUUUGUUCUUGUAACAUUUGAAUUUAUUCCUCCGUUGAUUUAAUGGGUAUCAUCAUAUGCGGUAAUAAUAUCUGUCCAUCUGCGUGUACUUCUUUAAGCGCCAUCGGCGAUAUUAUACAUGCAGUAAUCGAUAUUCUUAUUAUUGUUUGUUCCGCCAUUAUUCAAAGCGUAAGUCGGGAAGUUGUACUGUUUCCCACUUGCACCUAGGACUGCAAAACUGAGGAUGAAGACCAUCACCUGCGUACCACCGUCCAGGGCGGCAGAGAUCAGGUAGUUGUACUUGAUGAAAAGAGCGGGAUGAAACCUGCGGAGAUAGAACUGGGCGAAUAUUCCAAGACCGAAAAACAUGAGCAGUGACGAGUUGACGCCGACGCAGAGCACACCGCUAUACCAGAUAAUGAUGGAUGUAUUCACGUCGCGGAAGAACUCGUGCUUGGUUAGUUUCCAAGCCAGCCAGAAUGGGAUGGGGGCCGCGAAUCCGAGCAAGUAUGAUAAUGUGACCCAUUGGUAUCGGCUGCCCACUGAGAACAUAUUCUUGGCCAGCGUCCAUGCCACGGCCAGAGUAUUAUACGACUGCACGUUCUGCCCGGACCAGAUGUUGGUACCAUCUAUCGACAAUAGGGUCUCUGUCUGGUUGUCCACAAUACUGACCAUCAUCACGUAGUCCAUGAUGGCUC